AUGCCAAUAAGAGGUUUGGAAGAGGUAAGAAAACAUCCCGGACAGAACUUUUUUUUGAAGGUUCCGCAGAAAGCAUUCAAGAAGAUGAGGAUAUGCAUCGACGGAAACUGGUUUCUUCGAAAGUAUGUCGAUGUGUCAAGCAUCCACAGGGGAUUUGUGUUUGGAAUUGAAGAGGUCGUCAAAGCACCUUUGUCAAAGCUUUUAGAGUUCAGAGAUGAAAAUGAGGUGGACUUAAUAUGGGUUUGGGACGGAAUAGAUCUCAACAAGUUCCAGGGAACCCCGCAUGUAGAUUCGAGCACAUUGUUGAGUGAGGGGCUGAAGGAGUACAAACAAAAAAACUAUAGAAAAGCCGGAAAGCUCUGGAGAAAUUUUAUCAUGCAGAAAAGUGAAAUGGACGUGGUUAAUAGAAUACUUGAAGAAAAUGGGGUUGCAGUUAUCACGGCACCUUAUUCUGCAACAGCUCAAUGUGCAUAUCUCAUGAGUGCGGAGGCGUGCUCAUACGCAUUUGGAAAGUCUGAUGUUCUUCUGUUUGACGGGGUUGAUAAGAUCAUACUCGACAUGUCUGAUGGAUCUGGAAAACCUUAUUUAGAUGUGUUCCAUAAAAGCCGAUUCCUUGAAUUCUUUAAUUUAAAUUCAAGGAUGUUUAGUGCACUCGGGCUACUCCUAGGAUGUGAUUUCUGCCCCACGAUGCCCAAAUGUGCCACCGACUUCAGCUUCAACUCUGUUUUCAGCUUGAUCAAGGGGUCUGAAGACCUCUUGAAAAUGAUCAAGAGCACUUGUGAUGAGGGAAGCUGUAGGAAAUACAUGGACCAGUUUCUUAGAGGGCUUACACUAGUAACUUAUAUUCCUGUAAUGAAGAUCUCGGGAAAUGUACAGCCUUACCUAGAAGAGCAUGUCCCACGGAAUCUGGAAAAGCUUCUGGGGGGAAAGCUUGCACCUGGGUUUUAUGAAUCUCUCUUUAUGAAUAAGAUUUCUGGAGACGUGCUAGAGAUUAUGACAAAGAUAAAGGGCAUAGAUAAGGACUCACAGCUGAUCAGGAUGGUUGAAUCUGCGCUGUCAAGGGUGAGAAGCGAUGUACGUAAGGAAAGAGAGCCGAAAAAUGAGUGCAAUAAGGAAAAGUUGUUUGCGGCCGUUAUAUACCCAGACAUGGUUUUGACCGAAGACAUCGAUGCAUCUGUUGGCAUUUUAUUGUUGAUGUCUAUUGGAUUAGGAGAUCUGGAAAGGCCCUAUGUUCCAAAGAUUCUAUGUUUGAAUAACCAGACCGCUGUUAAUCUGAGUCUAGACAUUAGCGAAAAGACGUUGAAGUAUUAUGUGAAUACAACCAGGCUGUUCAACUAUAUUAAGGAGGUAAAGGAAGUAUAUGAGGUGAUGACAGAUGAGAGCUUGGACGGAUUGUUUUGCCAAGCUCCAGCACUUUUCAGUUCGUCUUUCCACGAGGCAUUUGGGUUUUCUGAGAGCAGUGGAAAGAGCAACCGUAAAUUCCUUGCGAGCAUCAGAGACUUUCUAAGGUCAAAUGGGAAGCUUUUUCCUAUUAUUCAUGAAAUAACCGAAGAGAUUGAUGCUACACUUAAUAAGAAAUAA